GGCCCCCGCGGCCCCCGCCGCACACUCGCCCGCGGACGGCCGCCCAGACACACGUACUGUACACACGAGCGGGCGGCGGGGCCGAGACACGCCCGCCCGCGCGGCCCCGCUCGCCCCGGCCCCGUCCCCGCCGCUCCCGCGUCCCGCCCGCCGAGCCGCCCGGCGCCGCGAGCAUGCACCCGACGAGCUAGGAGGACGCCGGAGCCCCGCGGGAGCCCCGAGCGCCGCCGCGCCAGCCGCCCGCCCGCCCGGGCCCCUCCCCUGCAGGCGCCCCCAGCCCCACACCCCCCCACCUUCCUGGGGGGGGGGGGGCGGGCCGCCGACCGGGGGCCCCGCCGCCCGGCAGCCCGGGACAGCCCCCUUUCCCCGCCCCGGCCCCCUCCCGGCCCGGCCGGCCAUGGAUCUGACCAGCAGCUCGGGCGGCGGCGACCCCCGGCAGAUCGAGGAGACCAAGCCGCUGCUGGGGGGCGACGUGCCGGGCCCCGAGGGCACGAAGAUGGGCGCCGUGCCCUGCCGCCGGGCCCUUCUACUGUGCAACGGGAUGAGGUACAAACUGCUGCAGGAGGGCGACAUCCAGGUCUGUGUCAUCCGGCACCCGCGGACCUUUCUCAGCAAGAUCCUCACCUCGAAAUUCCUGAGGCGCUGGGAGCCGCACCACCUAACGCUGGCCGACAACAGCCUGGCGUCCGCCACGCCGACUGGGUACAUGGAAAACUCAGUCUCUUACAGCGCCAUUGAAGACGUUCAGUUGCUGUCCUGGGAGAACGCCCCGAAGUACUGUUUACAGCUCACAAUUCCUGGGGGGACUGUCCUGCUGCAGGCUGCCAACAGCUACCUGCGAGACCAGUGGUUCCAUUCUCUGCAGUGGAAGAAAAAGAUUUACAAAUAUAAGAAAGUUCUGAGCAACCCCAGCCGUUGGGAAGUCGUCUUGAAGGAGAUCCGAACCCUGGUGGACAUGGCCCUGACGUCCCCUCUGCAGGAUGACUCCAUUGGCCAGGCCCCGCUGGAGAUCGUCUCGAAGCUGCUCUCGGAGAACACAAACUUGACUACCCAGGAGCAUGAAAACAUCAUUGUGGCAAUUGCUCCUUUGCUGGAAAACAACCACCCACCACCAGAUCUCUGCGAAUUCUUUUGCAAGCACUGCAGAGAGCGGCCCCGCUCCAUGGUGGUCAUCGAAGUGUUUACCCCCGUGGUCCAGAGAAUCCUCAAGCAUAACAUGGACUUUGGGAAGUGCCCGCGACUGAGGCUGUUUACUCAGGAGUACAUCCUUGCCUUGAAUGAGCUCAACGCGGGGAUGGAGGUGGUGAAGAAGUUCAUUCAGAGCAUGCACGGCCCCACGGGGCACUGCCCCCACCCCCGGGUCCUGCCCAACUUGGUGGCCGUGUGCCUGGCUGCCAUCUACUCCUGCUAUGAAGAGUUCAUCAACAGCCGCGACAAUUCCCCAAGCCUGAAGGAGAUCCGCAACGGCUGCCAGCAGCCCUGCGACCGGAAGCCCACCUUACCUCUGCGCCUUCUGCACCCCAGCCCGGACCUGGUGUCUCAGGAAGCCACACUGUCCGAGGCGCGGCUCAAGUCGGUGGUCGUGGCCUCCAGCGAGAUCCAUGUGGAGGUGGAGCACACCAGCACUGCCAAGCCGGCGCUGACGGCCAGUGUGGGCAAUGACAGCGAGCCCAACCUCAUCGACUGCCUCAUGGUCAGCCCCGCCUGCAGCACCCUGAGCAUCGAGCUGGGCCCCCAGGCCGACCGCACGCUCGGCUGCUACGUGGAAAUCCUCAAGCUGCUGUCGGACUACGAUGACUGGAGACCAUCUCUGGCCAGCUUGCUUCAACCCAUUCCAUUCCCCAAAGAAGCUCUCGCACACGAGAAAUUCACCAAGGAGCUGAAGUACGUGAUUCAGAGGUUCGCGGAGGACCCGCGGCAAGAGGUCCACUCGUGCCUGCUGAGCGUGCGGGCCGGCAAAGACGGCUGGUUUCAGCUCUACAGCCCCGGAGGGGUGGCCUGCGACGACGAUGGGGAGCUUUUCGCCAGCAUGGUGCACAUCCUCAUGGGCUCCUGUUACAAGACCAAAAAAUUCCUGCUGUCCCUGGCAGAAAACAAGCUGGGACCCUGCAUGCUCCUGGCACUGAGGGGGAACCAGACCAUGGUCGAGAUCCUGUGCUUAAUGCUGGAAUACAACAUCAUCGACAACAACGACACGCAGCUGCAGAUCAUCUCGACUUUGGAGAGCACCGGCGUGGGCAAGCGCAUGUACGAGCAGCUCUGCGACCGGCAGCGGGAGCUGAAGGAGCUGCAAAGGAAAGGCGGACCCACCAGGCUAACACUGCCUUCCAAGUCCACAGACGCCGACCUGGCCCGCCUGCUGAGCUCCGGCUCCUUCGGAAACCUGGAGAACCUCAGCUUGGCCUUCACCAAUGUAACCAGUGCCUGCGCUGAGCACCUCAUCAAACUGCCUUCUCUCAAGCAGCUGAACCUGUGGUCCACUCAGUUUGGAGAUGCUGGCCUGCGGCUGCUGUCGGAACACCUCACCAUGCUCCAGGUGCUGAACCUGUGCGAGACGCCCGUCACCGACGCUGGCCUGCUGGCCCUCAGCUCCAUGAAGAGUCUCUGCAGUUUAAACAUGAACAGCACCAAGCUCUCAGCUGACACCUACGAAGAUCUGAAGGCGAAGCUGCCCAACCUGAAGGAGGUGGACGUCCGCUACACUGAAGCCUGGUGAAGCCCCCGGCCUGGCAGAAAGGAGUUUGCAACCGCAACACACAAUUCUUGACUAAUAGCCGUAGAGCAGCCGGUCCUGGGGUCCCGCCACCUGUGUCCUGGCUGGGAGAGAGACGGGGGAGUCUUUCUGGGGGCUGAGCGGGGAGGGGCUGGGGGGGUCCGCCAGCACGCCCAGCCCCUGCCUGAUUCUUUUAGCUUCGUAAUUGGAAACCUUGACCUGAUCUAAAAUGGACUUUGUAGCAACCAGAGGAGCGCCAGCAGGUCGGGGAGGGGUGGGCGGGGGGCUUGGGGAGGGGGUCCCCUGUGGAUUGUCUUUGCCUUUGUGUUUAAUGCCGUGUGGGAAAAGUCGACUGGAUGCCACCAUCACACAGUCCUGCUGGGCGUCCGGCCGAGGAAGGGUGCCCCCUCCUCAGAGGCCCGCCUGAGAGCUCCCCCCACGCGGGGCAGGAAGCCCCAGUCCCGCCAUCACGCCGUCCUGUGUCCUCGCCAUUGCUAUGCAAAGUGAUUCUUGUUGUACAUAAGAUUUAAAUAACGCGCCUAUUUAAGAAAUGUUGACAAAUUGCGGGUCUGGGACCUGCCUCUUAUUUAUGAAGUCUCUGACCGCCCCCCCGCCCCGCCCGCCCUGGCGUGUCAUACUGUAUAAACCAGUCAGCUGUUGGGGGAGUGGUAGUAUUAUUGUUAUUUUUUUAAAGGAAACAAACAGACAAAAAAAACAAAAAAAAAAACCACCUCCUUGGAAAAUUAAUCGCUUUGUCGUCAUGGGGUCUGUAUGCUCACGCUCUCCCACCAGCUGUCCGUCUGCCCCCUGCCCGUCCGUCUGCCCCCUGCCCGCCCGCCUGCCGGUGUGUGUUUCUGAUUCCCAGGUGUCUCCAGCGUCCUCGCAGGGUGGGGGUCAGGCUGGGGGAGGAGAAGUGGGGUCCCCACAUUGUAGUCUUGCUCCUCUAAGGCCCCAGCUUUCUCUUGGCCCCCUUUACACGUUUGGAGGGGUGGGUGCUAACCUGUCCUCCCCUGCCCGGCCCCUCCCCGGAGGUCUCCCACCUCCGGAGGCCUCUGUCCCUGACCUGACCCCCACCUGUGGCCCCCUGCCACCCUUGCCUCUCGUGGUCGCCUCUGCAUGCCCGCCUCUUUGCAUGGUCUCUUGGGAGAAGAGAGAGAUGUUGUCUCCUCCAGCCUGACUGCCCAGCCCCCCGCCCCAUGAAUGUGACCACUGCAGCGCAGACGCCCCUUCUGUCCCCGCACCUGCCCCAAGACAAACCAGCCUCCAUGUCUUUCGUAAUUGUAGGCUUUUUCUUAACAAGCCCUCACUGUACAGAACAGCCCCUCUAUGGUUUACUUGGGUCCCCUCCCUGCCGAGCCCCCUUUUCUGUUGGUUUAGCACAAAUACCGCCCCCUCCGGCACCUCCAGACCUAACCCCCUGUCAAUGUAAUUGUUUUAUAUAUAUUUAAUCUUAUUCAAUGGAAACCAUGCUUUUGUCGUUUUAUACUUUGCUAGGUAGACUUUAUUACCCCCCGACUAUGCCCUCAUUUUUUUAAAAAAGGAGAAAAAAAAAAGAAAUUGGGUUUGUCUUAAUUCCUUUUACGUGCCAGGUUUUAUUUUGUGUGUGCGUGCGAGUGUGCCUCGUUUUGUGUUCUGUUUUUGUUGUUGUUUUCUGUUGUUUGGUUUUAUCCUCCCCACUCUGGUCCAUCUUUACAGCACUCUGGUGCAGGAAGAAGCAGAAGCAAAAAAAAAUUUUAAAACGAAGAAAAAAAAAAAAGAAGAGCCGAGACAUGCCAGCCCUUCCCUUCGCACUGUUGCUUUUCCUGAUGGUUAGUACUACUGUCACGUAGCUGUGUUCAGAGAUGUGAAAUACUUUCAGGCAAAAAUAAACUGUAAGUGACUCAUUGA